UGUUGUUUUAUAAAUCGUUGAUGAUAAAAGUAUCCAAACCUUCAAAACCCCAUCAUCAUCGUGGUGCAAACAGAGAAAAAUGGCCGUCGCGAACCAGUGUUUAUCAUAUACCCGUUUCGUCACAGUCAGAGGAACCCAAUCCUCUCCUUUGCAGCGAAAACCUCUUCUCUUCUCCUUCACUCUUCCUUCUCGCUCUCAAAACCUCUACUCUUCAAUUGUCACCGCCUCUUCCAAAAAGAAAAACAAUAAGAAAAAAUUGACUCAUGUUACCAAGGGGAAUGAAGAGGAGGAGGAGGAGGAGGAGGAGGAUGCUUUUGAGUUGCUAUUCAAGAAACUUGAAGAAGAUCUCAAAAACGAUGAUGAUUUGUCUAAAGAUGAUAGCGAUGAGGACGACGAGAUAAGUGAAGAAGAUUUUGCUUUGUUAGAACGUGAGUUGGAAGGUGUGUUGGGUGAUUUUGAUGCUGAAUUGUUGAACACAGAUAUCAGCGAAACACAAGGUGAUAAUGAUGUAGAGAAAAGUAGCGGUGAUGGAAAUGAGAAUUCGCUGAAGCUUAGAACUUGGCAAUUAAAUAUGUUGGCUAGAGCAUUGAAAACUGGACGCCGCAAACUAAGUAUAAAAGCUCUUGCUGCCGAGCUCUGUCUUGAUAGAGCUCUUGUUCUUGAUUUGCUUCGUAACCCUCCCCCGAGUCUUCUGAUGCUGAGCCUAUCGAUUCCUGAUGAACCUAAACCAUCAGCAGUAUCACCUGAAACUACGCCCGGAGAUUCUUUUUAUAAAGAAACAAGUGCAGAUCAUGCUCAUGCAGAAUCUGGACCGAAGAAGUCUAACUUACCUAUUCAUGACAUGCAACAGAAUUGGUCUUCUCGAAAGAGAUUGAAAAAGGCUCAACUUGACACGCUGGAGAGAGUUUACAUGAGAUCAAAGCGGCCCACUAAUGCAAUGAUUAGUAAUAUUGUGCAUGUUUCAAACAUUCCGCGGAGAACUGUUAUCAAGUGGUUUGAAGACAAACGUGCCGAGGAGGGGGUUCCAGAACAUCGUCUUCCUUACCAGCAGUCUGCUAAUGAAACAAGUUGAAGAUUUUAUUUUCUUAGUUGUUUUUAAUGAUGCAAGCUAUAUGAGAAAUCUUUUCAGUUGUAUGAAAAAAAAUGUUUCACCAGCAUUGAUCACGCUUUGAGGGUGAGUUAUAUAAGGAAGUUGAAGUACCGCUGAUGGUGAUUAUUAAGUUGAUUACAACACCAAUUAUCAAAUUCCCUCAAAAAAGAGUCCGCUAUAAUGUCAAACACCAAAUGUUCUCGUAUUUAUUUUUAAGCUUUACGCAAUGUUGCAAAUUGGCAAAAGAUGUUUCCAUGCAAAAGGCUGUGUCCGCGGUAUUCUCAUCGUUGCUUGUAUCAAAAUCAAAAUAUUUAUUUAUAAUAAAAAAUCAACCCAUCAUUUCCUUUUUAA